AUGUUACGUCUACGCUGUUCUCUCAGUGCGGGUCUGUUAACAUUUCAACGUGAGGCACUUAUUCGCCGGCAUGGACGAGUGGCAAUGCGGCCUGUUGGAUACGCCCUGCACGUGCCAACGCGUUUAUUUCACAGCAAGUCGGCAUUUCUCAUCUCAACAUUAGAGACACAGCGACGUUUUAUGCGUGUGCGUGGGGAUAGCGCAAAGGAUCAAAGUACAGGCGAAUCUACAAAUGAACAACAAGAAGAAAAACAACAACAACAACAGAAUGGUGAGAAGGAUGGAAAGAAGGCGCCUCCUAAAGGGUUUCGUGGACAUUUGCAAGGAUUAAAAGAAGAUUAUGUUCGUUUUCCUGAUAUCUACAAUAGCGCUAAUGCGCUUAAUUUUAUUCUCUUUACAGUCUUCUGUCUUUGUAGUACAGGCAGUAAUGUGGAGGAGAAGUGGUGGUUGGAUAAUUGGGGUAUUGAUGCCAGUUUUGCCCCACUUGCAUGGGGAUUACAUUCCUUAUUAAUGAAUAACUUUCUCUCCAUGACCUUUGCAAUGAUGCUUCUACACACCAUGUGCCACAGUGUACUCCCAACGAUUGGGUCUCGUGGUUUAAUGAUUUACUGCGGGGCUACAGCUGUUAUUUCUGGUUUUGUUAUUUGGCUUGGAAAUUACGUGGCAAACAAUACUAAGGAAAAACAGUUUGGUCCAUGGGAUAUUGUGGCCGCAUUGUUUGUUAUGCAGUACUUACAUCAGGGAUUUACACCUAUUCAAAUUCUUAACAGUUUCAAUGGUUGGGUGCGGUAUGCCUGUUGGGUUGGGGCUGUGUGUAUUAUGUACUUUGAUUGGCAGCCAACAGUUGUGGGUACGGCGGUAGGAUUGGCAUUGUGUAAAGGCCAUCCAAAGUUCCGCGUAACGAGCAAGGUGUGA